GUUGGCCAGCUGUCCCCAACACAAGUCAUGCCUCACGGUCAGAAGAGUGAUAGCUGCAACCUUAAGGAAGACCUUCAGGCCCCAAGAGAGGCACAGGGCCUGGUAGGUUUACAGGUUCCCAUAGUUGAAGAGGAAGAAGCCACCAGCACCACCAACACCUCCUUCUCCUCUCUCUCUCCUUUGACCCCUGGCACUCCAGAGGAUUUGCCUGCCACUGGGAUACUUAGUCUUUUUCAGAGUUUCCAGAGAGCCUCUUCCUCCUCCACUGCCAACACAGUCACUCUAUCAAGCCACCAAGAAGAGGAUCCAAGUACCUUGCAGACUCCACCAAAUCCUGAGUCCUUAUUCAGUGAAGUGCUACAAAAUAAGGUGUACGACUUGGUGCAGUACCUGAGUAUCAAGUAUGCCACAAAGGAGCCCAUCACAAAGACAGAUAUGCUUGAGAGUGUCAUCAGAGAGCACAAGGAUCACUUCCCUGUGAUCUUCAAGAAAGCCUGUGAGUCCCUAGAGAUUGUCUUUGGCAUUGAAGUGAAGGAAGUGGACGCCACCAGCCAUUCUUAUGUGCUUGUCAAAUCACUAGACCUCACCUAUGAUGGGAUGCUGAGUGAUGACCAGGUCAUGCCCAGGACCGGCAUCCUGAUACUCAUCUUGGGCAUAAUCUUCAUGGAGGGCAACCGAGCCUCUGAGGAAAGAAUCUUGGAAAUUAUGAAUAUGGUUGGAGUGCAUGAUGGGAAGAAUAAUUUUAUCUAUGGGGAUCCCAGGAAGCUCAUCACCGAAGAUCUAGUGCAGGAAAAGUAUCUGGAGUACCAGCAGGUUCCCAACAGUGAUCCUCCACGUUAUGAGGUCCUGUGGGGUCCCAGGGCCCAUGCUGAAACCACCAAGAUGAAAGUCCUGAAGUUUCUAGCCAGGAUCAAUGGGACUGACCCCACAUCCUUCACAGACUUGUAUGAGGAAGCUUUGAGAGAUGAGAGAGAGAAAGCCCAGGCUGAAGUUUCCUCGGAUGAUACUAUUGCCACAACCGAUGAAAGUUCAAGUGUCCUGUCCAGCAGCUUCUCCUGCCCUGAGUGAAGUCUGAAGCUUACCAUUCUUCAUUCUCCAUUUGAAAACAGUUGCCAAAGUUCUAAGUAG